AGUAAAUUCAUUUUACCUUCAAAACAACUCCCCAAUCUUGAUACUUAGCUUCCUCACUCCCAUUUUUAUCCUUCACCAUUCUUACGCGAUCUCUUCUAAGCUUUAUCGAAAUCAUCUUCUUCAGCAACUUACUAUCUCCCUCUGUUGUCUCUCAGUUGAAAUCUCAGUGUGGGACAGCGAGAGGAGAAAGGCUAAUGUUUCUAGGGUUUGAUUUGAGCUAAUUAUGAGUUGAUUCAUAGUCCAAAUCCGAAGAAACGAGCUCGUUUAUGCUUGCGAUGCAACAAGUAAUCAGUUGAAAGCACCAGAAAAGAUGCCUUCAUGGUGGGGAAAGUCAAAAGCAAAGAAGAAAGCGACCAAAGAGAGUUUUAUUGAUUCAUUGCAUCGUAAGUUUAAGAGUCCAGCUGAAGCUAAGUCUCCGAGUAAAUCAGGUGGAUCUCGAAGACACAACAAUGACAUUGCUUCUGAGAAGGGUUCUCAGUCCCAAGCACAGUCAAGGUCGUCAUCACCUUCCAAGAAUGUCUCCAGAUGUCAAAGUUUCGCUGAAAGUGCUCUAGCCCAACCACUUCCGCUUCCAGGUUUGCCAUCAGCAAGUGUAGUGCGGGCAGACUCUGGGAUCAGUCAAUCUGCAAAACCCAGAGUAGAGAAGAGCUCAAAGUCAUCCCUGUUUCUGCCUCUCCCAAAGCCUGCAUGCAUCAGGCACAGACUAGACCCUGCAGAUGCUGAUGGAGAACUUGUCUUUGCAUCAAUUUCAAGUGAGUGCUCUGUUGAGAGUGAUGAUCCUACUGAUUCACGCCAACGUAGUCCACUAGCAUUUGAUUAUGAAACUGGUAACCGGACUCCCUUGGGUAGCCCUCCAAGGUUGGCUGUUAAGGAUCAAUCUGCUGUUGGACAAAUAAGCAUAAAAGAGGCAACAGAACCAGUUAAUCUUUCUCCCAGUGGACAUGUCUCCUCUCGAUCUCCGAAGAGACGACCACUAAAUAGCCACUUGUCCAGUAUACAAAUUCCUUCUCAUGGUGCCCUUUGCAGUGCUCCUGAUAGUUCUAUAUCAAGUCCUUCCAGAAGUCCAAUGAGAGCUGCUGGCUGUGAGCAAGUUAGUAGUUCUACUUUUUGGGCAGGAAAGACUUAUCCAGAUCUUCCUUUACUUGGAUCUGGCCAUUGUUCAAGCCCAGGUUCUGGUCAGAAUUCUGGACAUAAUUCCAUGGGAGGAGAUAUGGUAGGACAAUUGUUUUGGCAGCCUAGUCGAGGGAGCCCCGAGUACUCUCCAAUUCCUAGUCCUAGGAUGACAAGUCCUGGACCUAGCUCAAGAAUUCACAGUGGUGCUGUCACACCUAUUCAUCCCAGGGCUGGAGGCGGAGCAUCUGAACUGCAGACUAAUUGGCCAGAUGAUGCAAAACCAGAAAGUCAUCCUUUGCCCCGUCCCCCCUUAGCAAUUUCCAACUCUUCACCCUUUUCUCAUUCCAAUUCAGUUGCAACAUCUCCCUCAGUGCCACGAAGUCCUGGUAGAGCAGAGAAUCUUUCUAGCCCGGGCUCUCGCUGGAAAAAAGGAAAGUUGCUUGGUAGAGGCACAUUCGGGCACGUUUAUGUUGGUUUUAAUAGUGAUAGUGGAGAAAUGUGUGCAAUGAAGGAAGUGACUCUAUUUUCAGAUGAUGCAAAGUCAAAAGAAAGUGCAAAGCAGUUGACACAGGAGAUUUCAUUGUUGAGCCGAUUAAGACAUCCAAAUAUUGUCCAGUAUUAUGGCUCAGAGAUGGUUCCUGAUAAACUAUAUAUCUACUUGGAAUAUGUAUCUGGUGGGUCCAUUUAUAAGCUUUUACAAGAAUAUGGUCCGUUUGGAGAAACAGCAAUCCGUAGCUACACUCAACAAAUUUUAUCAGGGCUUGCAUAUUUACAUGCUAAAAACACUGUGCAUAGAGAUAUUAAAGGGGCAAAUAUUCUUGUUGAUCCAAAUGGGCGCAUAAAGUUGGCAGACUUUGGAAUGGCCAAGCAUAUCACAGGGCAAUCUUGUCCAUUAUCCUUCAAAGGAAGCCCUUACUGGAUGGCCCCUGAGGUAAUAAAGCAUACUAGUGGCUGCAACCUUGCUGUUGAUGUAUGGAGCCUUGGAUGCACUGUCUUAGAAAUGGCUACAUCAAAGCCUCCUUGGAGUCAGUAUGAAGGAGUUGCUGCCAUGUUUAAGAUUGGGAAUAGUAAAGAACUCCCAGCAAUACCGGAAGAGCUUUCAGAUGAGGGAAAAGAUUUUGUGAGGAAGUGUUUGCAGCGUGAGCCGCGAAAUCGUCCUACUGCUGCUGAGCUAUUGGAGCAUCCUUUUGUAAAAGAUGCUGCCCCUCCGGAAAAGCCAAAUAUGUUUCCUACAUCUUUCGAUCUUCCAUGUGCUGCUGCGAAUGGGAUAAAACCUCUGGUCGUUGGAUCUGCAAGAAAUAAUCCUACACCAGAUUCGGAAAGGCUCGCUAUCCACUCAUCCAGAGCAUCAAAAUCUAAAUUUCACUGCAGUGAUAUCCACAUUCCGAAGAACAUAUCUUGCCCUGUCUCCCCAAUAGGUAGUCCUCUUCCAAGGUCACCUCAUAACCUAAAUGGGAGGAUGUCUCCCUCGCCUAUAUCCAGCCCUCUCAACACAUCUGGCUCAUCAACACCAAUCUCUGGAGGGAAUGGUGCUAUCCCAUUUCGUCACAUUAAUCAGUCAGUUUACUUGCAAGAGGCCAGAACAGUUCCAAAUAGUCCCUAUAUGAAUGGCUCUUCUUACUGGGAUCCUGAUGUUUUACGAGGGUCACCAUCAGGAUCUCAUGCUUUCCGAGAAUUGGCAUCUGUUGAAUAUGAUGCCCUGGGAAAGCAGUUUGGGAGGCUUGCCACAGGAGAACUUUGCAAUGGGCAAUCAGCCUUGGCCAAUCGGGUGUCACAGCAACUUUUAAGGGAUCAUGUGAAAUCGAUUUCUUCGGUAGAUCUCAACCCUUGUCCUCCCUUGGGAGGUCGCACUGGUGGAAUAUGAAAUGUAUAUCGGACAUAUUAUUGAUGGAGAGCUUCGAAAGUUUCAUGUGUAAAUCUGCUUUCAGCUUUUAGCAUGUUUGAAGGAAGUUGUUUUGUGCAACAAGAAUCUCCUAAGAGAAGAGACUAGGAAAUGUAGUGGCAUCUUGGCAGAACUUCAUUAUCUAUUGUCAGUUUGACCUACCUGAUUUCUUCCCCCUAUUAUUUGGGUCUAGUGUUCCAAAGAUGAAGAGCACUUCCCAGUGAGAAUAUAUUGACCCUCCGUUACUAAUAGCAUCUGUUGAAAUUAUAGCGGCUUGUCCAAAUACAUCUGCCUGAUUGGACUUGAUAACUAACAUGAGCCAAGAACUAAUGAUUCAUUUGCUUUUGGAGGUUGGCUUUCAGUUAUUCAGUGUAUAGCUGAUCCUUCAUGAAGACAUUAAUGGCACCAAACUUGUAUAUUUAUGCUGUCCCAUAGAAGAUAGAAAAGAGUAAACCUGGAACUAAAGCAAGAAGAAUCCCUUUUUCUUUUCUUUCCUUUCCCCUUUCGAAGCGGGGUUCCUGUAUAGUAAACAAAUGAACUGGAAUAUAUUCCAGGUACUGUUGAUUGAACAAUCAGUGGAAGAUUUGGGUUUCUGUA